UUGCCUUUUUGUAGGGAAAAUAAUAUAAUUGAAAGGUGUCCUGAUGCAUAUUUCAGUUCGAGUUACUCAAAAAAUUCUGAGAUAGAGAAAAUUAAGUUGAUGUAUGAAAGCAUGAAGACAAGGAUAGAAAAUGUGAUAGAGAGGGGAAGAGUUGAUGAAGAUUAUAUCAACAACGACAAAGAGCUUCAAGCAUUUACAAAAUUUUGGACUGCUGGAUUCACUCGUCAUAAUCAUCCUUCUAUUAUUCAGGUUUUGUUAGAAAGUGGGAAAGACAAAGACAUAACAGGUCAUGGGAUGCCAAAUCUUAUAUAUGUUUCAAGAGAAAAAAACAAAAGUUCCCCUCAUCAUUUUAAAGCGGGUGCCCUCAAUGCUUUGCUUCGAGUAUCGGGAAUCAUGACAAAUGCACCAAUAAUAUUGACAUUGGACUGUGACAUGUACUCCAAUGAUCCAUCGACACCUCAGCGGGCUUUAUGUUACUUCUUGGACCAGACACUAUGGCCCAAAUUAGCCUACGUUCAAUUUCCUCAACGUUUUCAUGGGCUCAAUGAGGUAGAUAUUUAUGCUAGUGAAAUAAAGGGCCUGUUUCAUACUAAUCCA